AUGAUUACAGUUGCAAAAUCGUUUGAUGCGCCAAUCAAAUUACUAUUUCCACAAGAUUUGAUUGAAAAUGGUGCACUAGCCGGCUUACUGUCAAGACAACAUCACAAAGAAACACAAAGGUUAGGUAAUAU